UUGCUCGCGCUCAUCAACCGCGCACCGUUAUCCGGGGCCAAGCUGUCAUCUACGUUCCAUCCUCUCCAGCCGAGAACCGUGUAUCUGUACACGGCGGGCCUCGGUGAUCCUCCGAGCAGGAGAAACGCACAAGAUACUUACUCUGUAGAAAAAGCUGUUAUCAAGACAUUUUCUCUGCAAUUGACAAGAAGCCGCAAAAGAUGAAGCUGGAAAGGGGUUGGAUGUGGUGCAUGCUGCUCCUGUCCUCGCUGGCUGUGGCGACCCAGGAGACGCAGUUGGACGUUGAUAUUUCAGACAUGGAUGAAGAUAUGGGGUUGGACGAGGAGGAAUUAAAGGUUCUGAUGGCAGAGGAGGUGGAGGUGGAGGAGGAGGAGGAGGAAGCGGAGGAAGCAGCGACGGUGAUGGAUGAAAACCUCUUGGAUGAGACAGAUGGCACAGCAAGUGGGAAGGCUGGAAUGGAUGCAAAUGUCUCCUUCCAGGUAACAUACAAGACUCCCAUCCCGACUGGAGAUGUGUACUUUGCAGAGACGUUUGAUGACGGCUCUUUGGAAAGUUGGCAGCUCUCAAAGACAGUGAAGGGGGAUGCAGAUGACGACAUCGCCAAAUAUGACGGGAAGUGGGCUGUGGAGCAGCUGAAGGAGAACAAAGUUCCAGGAGACCAGGGUCUGGUGCUCAAGUCCCGGGCCAAACACCACGCCAUCUCCGCAAUGCUGAACAAACCCUUUGUCUUCCAGGAUGAACCUCUGGUCGUACAGUAUGAGGUGAAUUUCCAGGAUGGCAUCGACUGUGGUGGAGCCUACAUCAAACUGCUUUCAGACACUGGCAAUCUCAAUCUGGAGCAAUUCCACGACCGUACAUCGUACUCUCUCAUGUUCGGACCAGACAAGUGUGGCGAGGACUACAAGCUGCACUUCAUCUUCCGCCACCAGAAUCCUCUGAACAAAGACACGGAGGAGAAGCAUGCCAAGAGGGCUGAUGUCGACCUCAAGAAGUUCUACACUGACAAGAAGACUCACCUCUACACUCUGGUCCUGAACCCAGACAACAGCUACGAGAUGUUCAUAGACCAGUCCAGCGUGAGCCGCGGCAGCCUGCUGCACGACGUGGUGCCUCCAGUCAACCCACCCAAAGAGAUAGACGACCCACAUGACUCUAAGCCGGAGGACUGGGACGAGAGGGCCAAGAUGCCUGACCCCGAGGCUGCCAAGCCCGAUGACUGGGACGAAGAUGCUCCAGCAAAGAUUGAAGACCCUGACGCUUUGAAGCCAGAGGACUGGCUGGACGAAGAACCAGAGUUUGUUUCCGACCCCAACGCUGAGAAACCAGAAGACUGGGAUGAGGAGAUGGAUGGAGAGUGGGAAGCCCCGCAGAUUCCUAACCCAGCCUGUGAGACGGCCCCUGGCUGUGGGGAGUGGAAGCGUCCACAGAUCAACAACCCUCAGUACAAGGGCAAGUGGAAAGCCCCUCUGGUGGACAAUCCCAACUAUCAGGGAGUCUGGAAGCCGCACAAGAUCAAUAACCCGGAUUAUUUUGAGGACCUGCAGCCGUUCAGGAUGACACCUUUCAAGGCUGUGGGCUUGGAGCUGUGGUCCAUGACCGCUGAUAUCUACUUUGACAACUUCAUUAUCACCUCGCACAAGGAAGUGGCCGACCGCUGGGCCUCCGACAGCUGGGGGCUGAAGAAACUGGUGGCCAGCGCUAACGAGCCGGGGAUUUUCACUCAGCUGAUGAUCGCAGCAGAGGAACGGCCGUGGCUAUGGGUGAUUUACAUACUGACAGUUGGCCUGCCUGUUGGACUGGGUGUGCUCUUCUGCUGGCCAAAGAAAUCAGAUGACAACUACGUGUACAAGAAGGUGGAUCCUCCCCGGGCUGAUGUAGAGGAGGAGGAGGAGGAGGAGGAGGAGGAUGAAGAAGAUGAAGAAGAAGAAGAAGAAGAGGAGGCGGCAGCGGCAGGAGAUGAGGAAGACAAAGCAGCUGAGGCUGCAGAAGGUGCUCCAGCUGCAGCAACAGAAGAGGAGGAGGAGGAGGAGGAGGAGGAGGAGGAGGAUGAAGCCGAUGCGGGAGGUGACAAUCAGGAGGAGGAUGAUGAGGAGGAGGAUGAUGAGGAUGAUGAGGAGGAGGAGGAAGAGGAGGAGGAGGGAGAAGAGGAGAGCAAAGCUCCUGAGCGAACAUUAGAAGAGGAGGUGGGUGUCGUGUCGAAGGAGGGAGGAGACAUCACUGAAGAGAGCCACAAACAAGCUGUGAGAAAGAGGAGGGUACGGAAAGACUGAAGAGGUGAACCCCACGCCUGCCGUCUCCUUUCUCCCCUAAAUGCAGAGGAGGUGGAAAGGGCCGUCUCAGCUGCUGCUCCGCCCUCUCUGAGCAGAGCAGCAUGCAUUUCCUCCCAACCACCCGGUAGUCACCUCCUCGGCUACACCCAUCACAGGGCCGCAGUCUCCCAAACCACAUCCUGCAUCCCUCGUCUCGUCUAGGCUCCUCCUCCCUGCCUGCUCAUUGAACGAUCAGAUGAAUCAAUCCCAUGGAGAUUCUGUGCAUUUAGAUGUUUUUCUUCCUCGAUCCUGAGCUUCCGCGCUUUCUUCAUCAUUCUUCUCUCCUCUAAGCCGUUGCUGUCACCAAUGCCUGUCAGCCUGAAAAGGCCCACCUCUUCCACCACUGUUCCUGUUGAGGCAGUUUUCUUAAAUACGACAUGCCACUGAUGUGCUUAUUCUGAACCUAGGUCUGUUUCAAAGGUCUAGGUCUGAUCCAAACACUGAAUGCCUUGGCCAUCCGUUGUCAAUAAGACAAGAUUCGUAGGUUUCUGCAGCAAACCGCUGGAUAUUAAACCUACCGAAAACACGUCUCAUUCAGUCAGUACACAGCAGCGCUUUCCCAGAGUAUCUAGACUAGCUGGAGUUCAGAUCCAAGAUUAUUGCCUGGGAAAAACAUUGACGAUAACUCAUAUGUUUUAUAUUAUUGUCUCAAGCUUUUGUAGAUCAUGUUCUUGCCAGAUUCUGGCAGGAAUCCCUGUUUACAUUUGUUCGCAAAUUGUACAUUGCUCUUGAAAAUAAAACUAUUUAAUACAAAAACUAUAUAUCGAUCUAUCGAUCUCUAUAUCUAUCUAUCUAUCUAUAUC